AAGAUAAUUCAGUUGUCAUCCACCAUGCCCCGCAUUAGUUGGAUAAAGUUGGUUGUUGCGAUCUGUAUCAGCACUUUGACUAGCACAGAUUGUUUGGAAUGUUACAGUUGUACAAACAUUGAAGAUGUUGACAAUUGUAGAAACACAACACAAUGCCAACUCGGCCAGGCAUGUUUCUUCAAACUUAAACAUGUCGCACAAACAGCAAUGUACACGCUCGGAUGUAGAGACAAUCAGUACUGCAUGAACCCAGCAGUAGGAGGAAGUGCUGGCCUUGUUGGACGGGACAUACAUGCACGACAAAUACAUGAUUGCUUUGAGUGUUGUAAUACCGAAAAUUGCAACAAACAUCUUUGUGAGCAUCCGAAACGUAAAAUUGUCCGUGUUAAAAGGCACAUAUUUAAUAUUUGCAAUGACACUCAUCACGCUAAAACGGAAUGUCCAAAGUUUUGUGGUUUGUGCACUCUUGUCGAUGGAAAUUGGGCCACUUGGUCAUCAUGGUCACAAUGUGACGUCACAUGUGAUAAUGGCACCCAAGUAAGAAAACGAAGUUGUACGAACCCGGCACCAGCUGAUGGAGGUCUUGACUGUGCUGGAGACAGUAUGCAGAGUAAAGUAUGUGUGAAACAACUUUGUCCAGUUCAUGGAGGAUGGAGUAAGUGGUCGCACUGGGAAUCUUGCUCGGUAACUUGUGAUAUCGGAAUUCAAAGACGACAUAGAAAUUGUUCAAAUCCUUAUCCAGCCAGAUUUGGUGACCAUUGUUUUGGUGAAUCAAUGGAUGACAAGAUAUGCACGCCAGGACCCUGUGCCAAUGGAGGCUGGUCAAAUUGGGGUAGCUGGAGUACCUGCAGUGUGACGUGUGAUGAUGGGUUCAAGUCUCGGUCUAGAACUUGCACAAACCCACGCCCAUCCGUCAAAGGGAAACUUUGUGAUGGAAAUACUAUAGACGUUGCAGGGUGUAAAAACGAAAGCUGCCAAAUUCCUCUAGUGACUUUUCAAAGUAAAGAUAUAAAUGACUUAAAUCUUCAUGCCAAUACUGUAUUGGUGUUUCGCACAACGACGAUGAAUAUAGGUAAUGGUUAUGACAACACGACCGGGAUAUUUACGGCACCAGUGUCUGGCUUGUAUUCAUUCUCUAUACAACUAGGUCUUGUCGGAGGUGGCAGUAAUGUGGUGAAUUACAGUUUUGUUGCUGAUGGAAAGGAAAUGAAAAACGGACUUUUCGUAGACCAUGAUUAUACUAAGACUUAUAGUGCGAAUACUGUAACAUAUUUAAGUAAAGGUGGUCGCUUUUGGAUAAAGACUAAAUCUCUUUCUGGAAGACUUUACCAAGCAUCUAAUGUGUGGAACACAUUUUCAGGGUUCCUGUUACACACGUAGACAUGAAUGCAAAUACAAUAUAUUUUAAAAAAUAGUAAAAUCAUCCGAAGGAUAAGUUGGUUUUUUUUUUGCGUUUGUUUUCAUGUUUAAGUAGGAUAUUGAAACAAAAAAUCUUAUGUAUUCAUGAAUAUAAAAAGCAACUUAGCAAGUAACAUAAAUGUUUGACACCCACGCCCUAGUUAAAUGGGGAAAAAUAUAUUUAUAAUGUAUUGUAUUUAUUGUAUCAGCUAACUAUCAGUUAAAACUGUUAAAAAAGUUUUUAUGUAAGAUUUUGAGUGCUCAUUCAAACUGGUUUUACAGCAUUCGUAAUAACAUCAUUGUGGUUCCUUCUUUUGAAGUAAUUUAUUUAUGUACAUUGUAUAUCAUAAGUACAAGAGGUAUAAGUGAACCAUGACAUUUCUAGCAUUUCCGUUUCUAAUGUUAACAAGCCCUACGUGUCAAUCUUUUUGACAAAUGUUUGAUUACUUUGUAUUUAGGACAAAAAAAAAAGAAAAAGAAAAACUUAUCAAAAUAUGUUUCGCUUUAGUAAUUUGUUUCAUGAAUUGAUAAAUAACAAAGAAAAUGACGUUAUAACAAAGGAAAUUACUUUGUAUUGUAACUCUCAUUAUAUUAAUACAUAGGAAAAUUAUACUACAAUAUUCAGUUGAUCUAUAUCACCCGAAAACUAAAAGAUUCAAGUUUUAAUGCAUUGUGUCUUUUACAUUUCAGUUAUAAUUCCGACACUUUUUGUUUUGGUGAAAUAACUAGUAUGUAGUUGGUGGUAGAAAAAAAGUAUGUACAUGAAAGUACAAUGUACAUUUAAUAACGCGUUCAAUAUUUUAAAUCUAAAUUGGUCCCGGUCCCGGUGUAUUCUUAAUUUCUUCUUAUUCUUAAAGAAUCAAUAAUUCCAUAGGUGUAGUUUAAGGUGUUCCGUUUGGACAAAUGUGACUGUUUAUCUCGUCUGUACCUGCACGAUGACACGAUGGCGAAAACGCGAUGGUACAAUGUUGAAAGUGCGAUGACACGGUGGUGAAAACGCAAUGGUACUAUGUUGAAAGCGCGAUGACACGACAAAGAAAACGCAACGGUACAAUGUUGGAAGCGCGAUGACUAGAUGAUGAAGACGCGACGGUACAAUGUUGAAAGCGCGAUGACACGACAAAGAAAACGCAACGGUAGAAUGUUGGAAGCGCGAUGACACGAUGGUGAAAACGCGAUGGUACUAUGCUGAAGCGGUCAUGGCACGAUGGGACGAUGGUGAAAAGGCAAUGGUAUGAUGGUGGAAACGUGAUGUAAAUCGCGCACCAUCGCGAUUUCACCAUCAUACCAUCGCAAUUUCACCAUCGUACCAUCGUGUUUUCACCAUAGUACCAUCGCAUUUUCACCAUCGUACCAUCGUUAAUCGCGGGUACAGACAUAAUAAAAAGUCACGAUUGUCCAAACGGAACACCGUCUUGAUUUUUAUUUGUUUGGGUCGUCAGACCAAACAAAUAAUGGUAGCGAAAUUUCAGAAAUUUUUGAAGCGGUUACUUCCCUUUAUAUGUAACACUUAGGCCGAAAAAUUUAGGGGAGAUCACAGCGUUUGACAGGCGGAUUAAUUUUCAAGCAAAAUAAUUCCCGAAUGGUCGAAGAUUUCUAAUAUUGUUUUAUUCUUUAUAGAUAUACAUGCUUAUAGUAAGCGCCAUGAUUAUUUACACAAGUGUUAAACAACAGUUAGCGUCGUUACAAACCCUAACUAGAAUAAUAUGGUUUUCUUCAGGCCAUCAACAUAUAAAUUCACCGUGGCCGAGGGGUUUGCGCGCUCUCUUAGAAAGCGAGAGGUCUAGAGUUCAAAUACCUGUUAAGGCAACUCAUUUUUUUUCAAAUUGCUUAAGUCAAAUAAACAUUGGAUCGAAUAUCAGUGUUGCAAUUAUUCUUAUAGCCAUUCUACUACAAUUAAAACGCUGGAAAGCAUUGGUGACUCUAUACAAAAACAAAUUGUUUUAUAAUCUCACAACCUUCACCUUUCUGACAUUCUAAGACCCAAACAAAUUCAGCACCUUCUGUGCUUUGAUUUGUUAUGUAGGCGUCACACUGUCCCGAAAUUUGCACCAGAUGGACACACAAAAAUAAAAUGUUAAAACUUAGAUCUGAUCUAUACAACAUCGCGCCAUUCGUGAGGGCAUCUUGUGCCAUCAAAUGGCCCCGGGCUAAAUUAUUCAGGCUCCGGCAACAACUUGGUGAGCGGUCGCAAAAUAUUUGGCAUGCCAAAAAUUGCCGGAAGACAUUGCGAAAAUUCAUUUUCGUGAUGAAUUCGUAUGCCAAUUUUGCGCUUCGUAAGGCCGUCGUG